AUGCGUGACGAGCCAUUAAUCAACCACUCAGAACACUCUGUGCAGAGCCUGAUUUCAAAUUUCUCAAUGGCAUGCGGCGGUCACGGCGAUUGGCGGCUACAGACUCAGCUCUGCUCCGAGAAAUUGGGGGCUGAUCUGUCAAGGGGGCACCGUUUGACCGUUUCUGGGGUAGAGACACGUCCUACAAGCUCCCAUACUAGCGGCUCGGGCAUUGGAACGGAUACCGGGUCAAUAAACUCCCAGUUGCGACGUACGAAUUCUGACAUAGUGGGAAACCAACUUCGUGCCAAACUUCUACCAAGUCACAAUGACCACGACUGUCUGGCUCAGUUCCUCCCAAUGAGUGACCUAGAGUCCAUCAUGUCCGAGGGAGUCGUGGACGAGGUAGUAGCCAAAGCUUUGCCAGACAGCAAAACCGAAGCAACCGAGAUAAGGAAGAAGAUCUGCGGAAAGCGAUCCGAGCCGAGGCGAAUCAAGAUACUCGCAACACUCCUUCUUAUUGGAAAGGCGAAGUAUAUACAGCACUUCUUGAAGCACGAUGUUUGCGAUAAAAAACUGCCCCUACCCCGUGAUUUUGGUCUGGCAGUCUUUCAGGAGUGGAAAGCAAGCCAUAUCGACAGCUUUUGCGACAGACAAACCCUGGAGCACAGUGAGUUCCAUGGAAAGGCUCCUAUGCCGUUUUUGGAACGUCUUGAAUGGAAAUCUGGAGGCGCUCACGGAACGAUAUCCAAGGUCAAGAUUCAUCCAGCCCACCAGUCCUGGAACUCCGACCAAGCUCGUAUGGGUGAUAAAUCCUGUUUCGCCCUCAAAAGGUUUCGGGAUCGUAACAAAUUCGAGCAAGAGAAAGCGGCAUUGGAGCGGUUCAGCUGUCCCAGAAAGGGGCACGAGCACCUUAUUCAGCUUCUGCUAUCGUAUCAGCUAGCAGGUGAAUGCUUCAUGAUUUUCCCUUGGGCGCUAGGAAACCUUGCCGAGUUCUGGGAGAAGAACCCGAGCAAUCCCGCCUCGCGGGACGACUUGUGUUGGUUCAUCCAGCAAUGUGAGGGCCUGGCCCGUGGGCUGUGCAAGGUUCACAGAAACGAUUCUUGGCCACCAGAGAAUGGCUCUUUUGGAGACGCAUCUCUGGUCGAUUCCCGAAACCGGGGUCGGCAUGGGGACAUCAAGCCCGAGAAUAUUCUCUGGUUUAAAGACGAGAAGGCAUCGCAGGCGCAUCUCGUUGUUGCUGACUUUACAUUGAUGCGAUUUCAUUCCAUGGACUCUGUCGACUACACUGAAGCCAGAAAAGUGGGAUUUUCUCAGACAUACUACCCACCAGAAGUGGAUGCAGGCUGGUAUACCAGUGUCAGUCAGACAUAUGACAUCUGGACCUUGGGCUGCGUCUACUUGGAGUUCAUCACUUGGUAUCUUAUCGGAUACGACGCAAUUCGAAAGGACUCCUUCACGAAACCCGACGGGAAAUGUUUGGAGAGCUUCACGCUGGUCAGAUCAAAAGAAGACAAGAAGUACGGCGUCCCCACGAAUAGAUUCUUCACCCAAACUUAUGGGUCUGGGGCCAAGUGGAUCAGGAUGCUUCAUAGAAGCCAACAUUGCUCUCCGGCCAUGGGCGAUUUCUUAGACCUCGUUGAGGAGCAUAUGCUGGUUGCAGUGCCCCACGGCCGAUGGUCGAUGGAUGAGGUGCGCGACAAGCUGGCUGAGAUUUUAAAGGACUGUAAACACAACGAUCAGUACUGUCACCCGAACAAGCCCGGCCACGUUUCCAACGAUGAUAACUUCCCUCCCAAGUUCACCAAGCAGUCUGAGGAGUAUAGAAAGGUAAAGGCUCCCAAAACGACCUAUUCUACUUCUACCUCCUCUUUAGACAGCCGAUCAAAGUUGGACCUCGAUGUUUUCGAGAAAUACUUUGCCGACGCGAGGCCAACAGGGCACCAGCCAUCGAAGCCAACCAGUCAGGACACUGCAUUCUCGUCCAUAUUGGGUGCACAACCAACCAGCGACGUCAAGAGCAAAGUAGGCCAGUAUCUUUCGCCGCCUGACACUUGGUAUACUUCUGAAAAGAGGGUACCGAGUUUGCAGACAGCCACCGCGAGGUAG